AUGCAGAAUUGCUACUACCCGUUGCCUGUGCAGCCGCAGCUACCCGUUCCUGUGGACGAUGACGCGCCGAUGCAGCGUCUAGAUAAGUCACGUGGAAGCUCCGACGAGAUGAGACGUCCAUUGAUGCAACUGGGUGCUGUAAGUGGCGCUGCUGGGUCGGCAUACGUCGAAUUGGGUCGAACCCGAGUGGUCUGUGCUGUCUACGGCCCGCGGACAGACACACGUGCACGCCGUGAGUUCAGCAAGGAUGGACAGCUAGUCUGUGAUGUAAAGUAUGCACCAUUUGCCGACAAAUUGACUCGUCGUGAGCGCGGUCAGGACCCAGACGAGAUGGAGCUGUCGGCUAUUGUGCAGGAGGCGCUGGCCCCUGCUGUGAUGCUACAUAAGCUGCCCAAGUGCAUUUUGUCGGUGUUUGUGACGAUACUGGAGGAUGAUGGAGGAGUUUUUGCUUCUGUUAUAAAUUGUGCGUCAUUGGCCCUUGCUGAUGCUGCCGUAGAGAUGUAUGAUAUGGUCACGGCUGCUAGUGCAGGUAUUGUUAAAGGGUCGGUGAUCUUUGAUCCGAGCAGGGAAGAGGAACAACGUGGAGAUGGCAUGCUUGCGCUGGCGUACAUGCCGUCGAUGGGACAGGUCACGUACAUGUUACAAGCUGGCAAGAUUCACCAUACGCAGCUACAGGAGGCAGUGGAUCUCUGUACGGACGCAUGUACUGGUGUCACGCGGUCGUUACUCACGGCUUCGCUUGUGAAAGCUUUAACUUGA